ACCUACCUAACCUUAGUGAAGCUAUACCUUUACUUACCUUUUCAAAUUUAUAAGGUACACAAAAUCUCUAUUGAACAAAUACAAAACCAUUUCAACAUAAAACAUGCCUUUCCUGUCGACGCCUUUGACCCUCUCGGCUAUAGGGGGUAUUCUAGGCUCUGCUUGGCUAUCAGGAAGUAUUGGGGCAUUGUCUAUCUGCGCAGUACCCGCGAUUCUCCAGAGUGGGACUACAUCGGAAGGACUUUUGAAAGGGUGGCACUUGCAAUUCAGUAGAGGGAUGCACUACAUACCAACAACGAGUGCUUUCAUUGCAUUGAACUACGUAUACCUGGCCUAUAGGUAUAGAGCGCAGGGCUUGGAGUGGAGGGGGUUCGCCGCGGGAGCUGUGUCGAACCUAUUGCUCGCCCCGUUCACGCUGCUUUUCAUCGGAGGGAUUAAUAAGAUCAUGAUAGCGGCUAACUCGGGCACUGGUAAGCCGCUCAGCCAAGAGGCUAUUCGGAAACUGAUUGAUACGUGGGGAAACUUGAAUGCUUUCCGACUUUUUAUGCCUUUGGCAGGAGCCUCAUUGGGAUUGUGGAAUCUACUUCAGCAAUAAAAUAUCGCCUUGAUACGAUGG